UCCCCGCUUUUGCUUCUCUGGCGGUCUUCUGUCUGUCUGUCUCUCCCACACACAAAAACAGAACAAAGAGAGAGCAGAGAAAAAGCGAAAGGCUCUUCCUUUCCGUCUUCCCCAAUAAUCCUACCUGUCUUUACUAACUCGGAACCAAACGUACGUUGUAUCGUGUCCGGCAGAAGAAGGUGGAACAGCAGAGCCCUCCCGAGGUAGAAGGGGAGAGGAAAUCGAAGAAGAAGAAGAACAGGCACAUUCAGUUGUUCGCAAUUAUUACGUUUUUGAAGAUCCAGCUCAAGAUUAUUUUUAUACAAGAAAGAGGGACAGGAUGAGAAAGUGGCUUUGCUGUACAUGUCAAGUUGAAGAAUCCUAUCCUUCUCAUGAUGAUGAGCUUUUGAAGAGUCCGAGGAACCACAAUGAUGGUUACCAUAAAGGCUCGAAAACUUCUGCCCCUGUGAAGUCUGAAGUUCCAAAGGCACCGCCACCUAUCGAAGUGCCUGCUCUAUCUUUGGAGGAGUUGAAAGAAAAGACUGAUAACUUUGGUUCUAAGGCACUUAUUGGUGAAGGAUCUUAUGGUCGAGUUUAUUAUGCACACAUUGAUGAAGGGAAGGCUGUGGCUGUUAAGAAGCUUGAUGUUUCUAACGAACCUGAUUCUAAUGUGGAGUUUUUGACUCAGGUUUCAACAGUUUCAAGAUUGAAGCAUGAAAAUUUUGUUGAGUUACUUGGUUACUGUGUGGAGGGAAAUCUUCGUAUACUUGCCUAUGAAUUCGCCACUAUGGGAUCAUUGCAUGAUGUAUUACAUGGUAGAAAAGGAGUACAAGGUGCCCAACCUGGUCCAGUUCUUGACUGGAUGCAGAGGGUGAAAAUCGCAGUUGAUGCAGCUAGAGGGCUGGAGUAUUUGCACGAGAAGGUUCAGCCUUCACUUAUACACAGAGAUAUUAGAUCUAGCAAUGUGCUCUUGUUCGAGGACUUCAAGGCUAAGAUUGCUGAUUUCAACUUAUCCAAUCAAGCUCCUGAUAUGGCCGCCCGCCUUCACUCUACUAGGGUCUUGGGAACAUUUGGCUAUCAUGCUCCAGAGUAUGCAAUGACUGGACAGUUGACUCAGAAGAGUGAUGUAUACAGCUUUGGUGUCGUACUUUUGGAGCUUCUUACGGGUAGGAAGCCCGUAGAUCAUACUAUGCCUCGUGGGCAGCAGAGUCUUGUUACCUGGGCGACACCAAGAUUGAGCGAAGACAAAGUCAAACAGUGUGUGGAUCCAAGGCUCAAGGGAGAGUAUCCGCCAAAGGCAGUUGCUAAGUUGGCAGCUGUUGCAGCACUGUGCGUGCAGUACGAAGCUGAGUUCCGGCCCAACAUGAGCAUCGUCGUUAAGGCUCUUCAGCCACUCCUCAAGUCUCAUGCUGCUGCUCCUGCUGCUCCUGCUGCUCCCGCCCCUGAGACUUAAGUUGGUCGAGUUAAAAUGUCUCCUUCACGGCAUAAUCCUACUUCUUUCAAACGAGCUUCCCUCACUUUCCUUGCAGACCUCGAGAAGAAACAUCCACUUGUAAUUUUUAUCUUUCUUAUGAUACUUCUUUCUAUAGGUGUUUGUUUUCCAUGGAGGAUUCGGAUAUUUUUAUGUUCCUUUGUCAUGGAAACCUUUUUCUUUUGCUGGUAUUCGUAAUGGGUUGUAAUUCACUAGUUUGCCAUUUUACCUUUCUUAGCAUUAAAGAAACCCAAAAAAAAAAAUUGUAUCUAAUUAAGUAGGGAUUAGAUUUGUAUCUGGGAAUUCCUUUAUUGUUCUGUGAACAACGUUCAGUGUCUUCACGUUUUUAUUCUGUAUAUAUGUUUGAACUAAAAAGGCA